CGUCAUUUCUUUUCUUUCUACAAAACUAAACUGGUGUUUCUGCAGUUAUGGCUUCUGUCAUGACCAAUAAAGCUAUCAGCCUUCUGAUAUUUAUAAGCAUUCUUCAAGGAACUCAACAGAGUGUCUUCCAAGAACACAAAACAGAGGUGAAGGCGACAGUUGGACAGAACCUCAGCCUGCCAUGCAUCAUGGAAAAGGACCAUCUAAAAAUCAUCCAGUUGCAAUGGCUUAAAAAGGGAGAACAGGGAGAGGAAAAAGUAGUGUUGUUUAAUCCUAACUUUUCUGCUAUUUACAAUAUGAAUGUUACACUGGAGCUAGUGAAAGAAACAAGCACCAAGGAUCUGCGAGGUUCGAUCUUGCAUUUGCAGGAGGUUACAGAGAAGGAUGGUGGAGAUUACAUUUGUGAUAUUGCUUCUUUUCCUGAUGGCAGCAUCAAAAGCUUCACAAAAGUACAAGUAAUAGUGCCGGAGGUUUCAAUGAAUGUCACACCUCCCAACAGGACUUUAAUAGAAGGGGACACAGUAAGCAUCACAUGUAUCAGUGAUCCACCACUUAACAAGUACAUGUUAUUAUCCUCUCUGGGUCAAACAAUAAUGGAGAGUCAAGAUGGAAAGUUCACAAUUCAGCACAUUACUCGGAACAUGAGUGACCUGACCUGUCAGCCCGUCUGGAAUUUAUCAGACCAACACUUACAAAACCUCAAAGAAACUGUACACUUGACUGUAGACUUUCUUGACAACAUAGAGUGCAAUUACAACAGCCAGAUACAAGUUGAGACUGGGACAAAGCUGAUGAUUACCUGUAAAGCAAACUCUUCCAACUCCUUGCGUUUUGUCUGGAUGAAGGACAACGUGACAGUGUCCUCCAGUGCCAGUAUAAGUUUGUGGCCAGUGACUCCUGAUCAAUCUGGGAUUUACACCCUGACUGUUCACGCUGAAAAUCAUAGACAUCUACACAAACAGAAGGAAUUUACAGUUACUGUGAUGAACAGGGCACACACAGAACAUAUGAGCAGCACCAUGUCUAUGGAAACAACACCACAGAUAAGCAGCACAACUAUGACAACACCCGAACCUACCUUUACAAUGCUGACGUCACAAUCGCACCGUACCAGCAGCACCACUGAUGCGACAUCUACAGAGGAAGUCAUGUAUAUCAGCACCUCAGCUCCAUCUACUGGAAAUAUCACCAUGGUGCAUGUAAACGUCAAAACACCACACAUGGGCGUAAAGAGCUCAGCCACCACCUUCACACACACCUCAAGUGAGGGCAGGACACUGUCUGAGAUUUGCUGUACAUCCAGCCCAGGAUCUACCAGCAGAGAAGUCAACUAUGCACAUCCAGAUACCAGUACAAUCCUAUUUACAUCGACUUCCAUACGCAAUGUCUCACGAGUAACUACACAAAGUACAACUAAAGAUGUGAAUACCAACAAGACACACAUGGUGUUUGUUAUAAUUCCUGUUCUUCUCGUGUUGCUUCUGAUUGGGUUUCUUUACAGACAGUACCUCAUUCAGAAGAGGCUGGAUAUGCCACCCCCGUUCAAGCCUCCUCCUCCACCGGUGAAAUACACAUCAGCAAGAAAUCACAAUGCACCUGUCACUGAUAUUUUAGUAUGAUGACAUCGUGCAUCAAAACAGAACAUUUUAUGCUGAUUGUUUUGGUGUGUGUGUGUGUGUGUGUGUGUGUGUGUGUGUGUGUGUGUGUGUGUGUGUGUGUGUGUAGAUUUCCAUUGUAUUGUGCACCUUAAGUUUUUGCUUUAUUUUUAUAUUCUGUGUCUACCUGUAACAUAUAUGUACAUUAAACAUUAAAACUAUUCCUUAUUUUGGAAA